AUGGCGACCAAGGGAACGUCAUUGUGGCGCAUGGCAGGCGUGUCGUACUUGCAGUACGUGAACCAGUCGGCGGUUGUGCUCCGCUCGGCGUUGAAGGAGCCGGUGAAGAGCACGGUGCAGGCGCGUUCGAACGUCGAGUUCGCUGGCUUUAAAUGGACCAAUGGCGAGCGUGGUGAACGCGUGGAUGUGGACUCGAUCAAGACCAUCGCCGAGGCGUUUAAGAAAGCGUAA